AUGUCGAAUUCUAUUAAAACGCGCGAUUCCGCUCUCAAUGCCAUUAAACGGUAUAUGGCAAAAAGUAUUGAUGAGGCAUUCACUAUGGAUGCAGAGAAUAUUGCAAGCUACCUUCAGUUAUUGAGUGAACAGUGGGUUCGUUUUAACGUUGCUCAAGACGCUGUAGAAAUUACGUGUGGUGCCGAUGUUAUUGAAAUUGAAGAAAAUGUGCGUAUCCAAGCCGAAACUUGGUACUCUACAGCUUCAGCUAACUUUAGCCGCGUGAAAAAUUGUCGUACUAAUUCGCAAGAUAGCUCCACAAAGGCAUCUGUGUCCACGGUUAUACGUUUACCGAAAAUGGAGUUGCCCACAUUCUCCGGUGACUCUACAGAAUGGAUUGGUUUUUUCGACGCGUUUUCUUCGUUAGUUGAUAAUAACUCUGCUUUAUCAGAUGGACAAAAGUUGCACUAUCUCCGAAGCUGCUUGAAAGGUGACGCGUUGAAAAUUAUCAGUGGUUUUAAAAUAUGUGAUGCAAAUUACGUUGAAGCUUGGGGUCUAUUAACAUCGCGGUAUAAGGUUAUUCGUGUAAUUGUGGAAUCUCACCUUCGCGCGUUGGCUGAAAUUAAAAGAGCUACGCAUGACAAUGCUGACGCAAUCAAAGGUGUAAUUGAUGCGUUCCAACAGCAUAUUCGCGAGCUUAAAGCGUUGGGUCGUCCGAUUGAAUUUUGGGAUGAUUGGUUGGUACAUGAGGUCGUCAGUAAGUUGGCAUUCGAAACGCGUAAGCAGUGGGAGUUAUCGCUCGUUAGUGAUGAUCCUCCAUCUUUUGAGCAACUAAUAACAUUUUUAGAGAUAAGAUGCCGAUCGUUAUCGAUGUUUUCGUCGUCAACAACAUCAGUACCAAUUAAGGUUAAAGCUGCAUCAGCAAGCAAGUCGACAAAUGUGUUCCAUGCGGUAUCAAAACAAAGUAACGUGUGUGCAUAUUGUAGUGGACCUCAUAAAAUUUACAGUUGUGAAAAAUUUCGUGAAUUGGACUUGUCUACAAAAUCACAGUUCGUGAAGCAAGGUCGCAUAUGCUUCAACUGCUUAAGUUCAGGUCACUAUAAAGACCGUUGUAACAGUGCUUCCACUUGCCGCAUGUGUAAACAACGUCAUCACACUCUGUUGCACGGUGCUUUGCAGUCAACGACCGUUACCGCAGUAAACAGUUACAUCGGCACCGCGACGCAUUCGUUAUGCGCUGCUGACGCCACAUCAAAGGUAAGCGCAAAAACUUUUGAACUUCCAGCAAGCGUCGACGUUCCACGCGUUUCUUCAUGCUUGAACUCGAGCUCCAAUCCACCCAUAGCUGUAGAAAGAGUUGUACUGUUAUCCACCGCAUUAGUGAAGGUACGCGACUGUUCUGGUAAUUGGCAGCCCGCACGUGCACUUUUCGAUUCUGGAUCACAUGCUUCCUUUGUAACCGAAGCGUGUGUGCAACGCUUAGGCCUGCCGCGAUCAACAUCUGAAGUUAACAUUACUGGAAUUGGGUCAGCGCAAGGAGGACGAGCUAGAGGUGAAGUGUCACUUUCUCUUUCUUCUUUCUCUACAAAUCAAUGCUUUACUGUCAAAACGUUAAUUCUGUCUAAAAUUACAAGCGACUUGCCAACACAGACUAUAGCUACUUCAUCGUGGCCACAUAUCCGAGGUUUGUUUUUAGCCGAUCCCCAUUUUAUGAAGCCUGGACGGGUCGAUAUAUUGAUUGGAAUGGACGUUAUGGAUCAGCUGAUCUGUACAGAACUUCGUAAGGGUCCACCUGGAGCUCCUAUGGCUCAACUGACGGUCUUUGGGUGGACUCCGUUUGGAAGCGUGAAUGGAUCUGAGUCUGAUAUGCCACGCUUACAGUCGUUACAUUGCGAUGUUCAUUUGGAUCGAGCAUUGAACAAGUUAUGGGAGUUAGAGGAAGCUCCGCAAAAAACGUAUCUUACGCAUGAGGAGCGUUACUGUGAAGACCAUUUUGAAACAACGCAUCGAAGGGAACCUAACGGACGGUUUGUCGUCGAAUUGCCGCUGAAGCCCGAUGUAGCUCUGGGAGAGUCGCGAAACUUUGCUAUCCGGAAUUUGUUACGACUAGAAAGAAGACUCGCUUGUGACUCCGAUCUUCAUUUACGCUACAAUGAAUUCAUGAAUGAACUUAUUGACAUGAAACAUAUGCAGGUCACGUCAGAGACUAUGAAUCCAACGUAUUAUAUGCCUCAUCAUCCUGUUUUAACAUUUUUUGGUCCUAGGGCUGUUAGUGUUAUUCUCAAGGAUUUUUACAUGGAUGAUCUACUUACUGGUGCAUCUAGUAAAGAAGAACUUCGAUUGUUGCAGCAAAAUAUUUCCGAAAUAUUGAGGGAAGGGGGGUUUGAACUUCGUAAGUGGGCAUCGAACUGCGCUGAACUAAUCGCAAGCAUUUCCAAUGCAUCUACGAACAUAUCACAUUAUAUUGUCGACGAUAAGGAUGUUCACGCUUUAGGUCUUAUCUGGAACACAGAAGGAGACUACCUCACGUUUACUAUUAACUUGAGGGAACCGCCAGUUAAGUUGACCAAGCGUAUGUUUCUAUCAGAUGCAAGUACGCUCUUCGAUCCUCUGGGCCUACUUGCUCCCGCUACUAUAAAUUCAAAAAUUUGGUUUCAAGACAUAUGGCGCACUAAGGUAGGUUGGGAUGAUAUCAUUCCUGAGUCUAUCGCACCGAAGUGGUUGGAGCAUCGCAUAGAGCUCAAGCAAUUGGCACAUUUGAAGGUGAACCGUUGGUUUGGUACUGAAGUAGCUGGGUCAUUUACGCAAUUGCACGUAUUCGCAGACGCGUCCGAGCGCGCUUACGCCGCCGUCUUGUAUGCACGAACAACACAAAGCGACGGUAGCAUUACAGUGUCAUUAAUUUCGUCGAAAACCAAAGUAGCUCCGCUUAAGCCGACAACGUUGCCACGUCUUGAAUUAUACGCCGCUCAUCUUGCUGCUAAACUAGUGCGAAGCGUGCUGCACUGCUGGUCUGAAAUCCGUUAUCCGCUUUUUGCUUGGACUGAUUCUACUAUAACAUUGGCAUGGUUACAAGCUCACCCCAGCAGAUGGGUGACAUUUAUAGCCAACCGCGUAGCUGAUAUUCCAGAAGUUUUGCCUCCCGAAUGUUGGAACCACGUUCGUUCUGAACAGAAUCCUGCAGAUUGUGCUUCAAGAGGUAUAACUCCCUCCGAAUUAUUACGUCAUCAAUUGUGGUGGGCUGGUCCUAUUUUCCUGAAAAGCACUGAACAAUUGUGA